AUGGCGACGGGUACUUGCUUGACUGGAGGUGACCCUCGCCUUGAUGAAUUCACCUCAGUGAAAACCAUCUUUGGAUCAAGAAGUGGUCCGGAUGCUAAAGUUUUUGUAAGUUUACCAGUUAUUGCGAAUCCCCUAACAUCUACAUCAGGGUUUUCUUGGUCAGGACCUACAUCUGAGUCUAUAUCGAUUAAAGUUUCACAAAGAGACAAUGGUGUCUACAAACACUGGAUCAACGGCACCAUCUCUGUUCCUGAUCGGAGAUCUUUCGGAAGAUACUCACUGAUGUAUAAAGGAAAAGUCAUAGCUGAUAUAACAAUCAGAGCGGAAGAUAAACCUCAGCGACCUUUGAACUUUUCAUGGUAUUCCUACGCCAGUGGAUACAUCAAACUUACCUGGGUAUCAAACUUUAAUGGAGGACCAGAACAAAUCUUUACCUUGUCAAGCAAAGAAGAGCGCAACUGGAGAGUUGUUAAAAAUCUGACAGACCCUGGUGAAGGUAAUACUGGAUUUUAUGACCUUGGACCUUUAACCUCAGGACGGCGGUACUGGUAUCAGCUGGAGAGUUGUAAUAGAAUCGGUUGUUCUUCAAGGCCUGCAGAAGUAAACGUCACAGUUCGAGGUGUAAGUACAGAUUCCAGAGAACCCCUUAUCAAGACGAUCUAUAUUGCUGUUGGAGUCCUCGCUGGUUUAUCUGUUUUAUUGCUGACGAACUUUGGUGUUUAUAAAUUCGCAGUUAAUCGAGGAAUACAAUUAGGUUCGGUGAUUCAGCCAACUAAACCAACUCAUCUUAGAAACAUGGAUUUCUUAGACUUGGCCAACACAGAGGGCAUAACUGAGAACACAGAGCAAACACAAUCAACGACAGAUUCUCAGAAUGUCAGUGAACAUCAGGACAAUCAAUAUGUAGAACUGAAACCUGUCCGAGAUAGACUUUACUCAUCUCUUAAUGAUCUUUAACCUCUGAUAAGAGAGGUAACUCUACCUAAGAUUCUUGGCUAUCAUUCCUUUAAACUUUGACAAGUUAACGUGUUUUUUUUCAAAUUCUACAAUACUAGGUAUAUUGAAAUUAUGUGCAUUUUAAAUACAGAUUGAUUUUGAAAAACCAUCAUCACUGAAACAAAAUUUAAAUACGUGUACGAGGAAAGAUGAACCUUGAUAAAAAUUGUUUCAACUCUUCAGUAGCAAUGAAUUGUGUUGAUUUUUUAAGGAUGAUUUAAACACUGUAACAGCAUAUGUCUUAAGUCUAAUUUUUUUUAAAUAUUAAAGAGAUAACG